AUGACUUAUGCUCGACAGGCAAUCAACCAUAUUCAGUUCAUGGUGGACACCAAUGGGAACAGAAUCGAAGGACAAAAGGACAUUCAGGCGCAUUGUGUUAACUAUUUAUCUUCAUUACUUGGAGGUUAUGAAGAACCACCCCAAUUUGACCCUGCUGAUAUCUCAAAUCUACUGAGUUUCAGAUGCUCCUACACUCACCAAGACAUACUCGCAAGUGACUUCUCUACUGAAGAAAUCAAGGCCGCGGCUUUCUCUCUUCCAAGAAACAAAGCCUUUGGCCCUGACGGUUACACUGCUGAGUUCUUCAAGUCUUGCUGGCAUAUUAUUGGACCGGAAGUUGUUGAAGUAGUCAGAGAAUUCUUCCGAUCAGGUCAGCUGUUGCAACAAUGGAAUGCUACUACUAUAGUCCUCAUCCCAAAAGUCCCAAAUGCAGCCUCUACUGCAGAUUUCAGACCCAUAUCCUUGUGCAACACAAUGUACAAAGUGAUCUCAAUGCUUCUGGCCGGAAGACUCCAGGCUAUCCUACCCUUGGCAAUUUCCAAUGCACAAUCAGCUUUUCUACCUGACAGACUUCUUACAGAGAAUGUGCUUCUAGCCACUGAGUUAGUAAAUGGUUAUAGUAGGAAAAAUAUUGGUCCUAGGGGAAUGCUCAAAGUUGAUCUCCGCAAAGCCUUUGACUCCUUGAAGUGGGAUUUUAUCAUCGCUGCAAUGCAAGCCCUCCACUUCCCUGGCAGGUUCAUUAACUGGAUUCGACAAUGCAUCUCAACUCCAAGUUUCUCUGUUUCUGUCAGUGGUAGUACAUCCGGUCUAUUCAAAAGCUCAAAAGGAUUGCGUCAAAGAGAUCCCAUAUCUCCAUACCUCUUUGCCAUCGCCAUGGAGGUCUUCAGCGGAUUAAUGCGGACAAGUUUUGUGGCAGGCUUUAUCCAACACCAUCCCAAAACCAAGGAGCGUGAUAUCACUCAUCUCAUGUUCACUGAUGAUGUAAUGGUUUUCUUUGACGGCUCCUCCUCCUCUCUGCAAGGGAUUAGUGAUGUUAUGGAUCUUUUUGCUUCCUGGUCGGGGUUCCGCAUGAACUAUGAGAAAACUCAAAUAUUCACGGCGGGUCUGGAGCCUAGUGAAUCCUUGGCCAUCUCAAACUCGGGAUUCACUACAGGCUCCUUGCCCAUUAGAUAUUUGGGUCUUCCUUUGAUGAGUAGUAAAUUGAGGAUUUCUGAGUACUCGCCUCUCCUUGAUAAGCUAAUGAAACGGUUCCACGCCUGGGCAUCUCUUUCUCUUUCGCGUGCAUCAAGAAGAUGGAGUCACUUUGUAGCAGAUUUCUCUGAUCUGGCUCUGUGGACCGUAGCAAGGGAGCUUAGGUUGCAUGGAAUUGGUUCCAUGUGGGUUGCUUGGCAUCACUUCCACCACAUCAAAGGCAGAAGCUUCUGGUCCAUCAAAACCUCUGCAACUGAUUCUUGGAACUGGAAAUCUCUUUUGGCAGUUCGCCCUUUGGCUGAGCCGUUUGUCAAAUGCGUGCUGGGCAAUGGUCAAAAUGCCAGUUUCUGGUAUGAUGUUUGGAGCCCCUUUGGAAUGUUAAUCAAAACCGUUGGUGCUGACGGUCCGGCUCGAUUUGGGAUUCCUCCUCAAGCCACUGAACACCAACUACACUCUUACCUUGACUCACUUCCCCCGCCUAGAUCUGACGUCGGUAAGGACUGUUUCAAGUGGAACAUUCAAAGACAACAGUUCACCACCUUUCCUACCGCGAAAACCUGGGAUUGCAUCAGAGAGAGGACCACCACCAAAGACUGGGCCUCAUCGAUCUGGUUCAAAGGAGCCACGCCCAAACACGCUUUCACAAUGUGGGUUGCGCAACUUCAAAGACUGCCAACUCGUGACAGGCUACACUCUUGGGGCAUUUCCACUCCUACCACGUGUUGUCUCUGUUCGAGCUAUGUUGAGUCUCAUACUCACCUAAUUCUUCACUGCCUGUUUAGUGACCAGGUAUGGAUGCGGGUUCAUUCUCACCUCAUGCUUCGCCCAAUUGGUUUCCAUACUUGGCCAUCUUUUCUCGCUUGGACAAGAUUGCGAACAGAUUCUGCCCCUCCUAUCCUUCGGAAGCUUGCAUGUCAGGCUGUGGUGUAUCACCUCUGGAAGCUUAGGAACAACAUUAUACACAACCAGGUUCAACUCUCUCCAGCUGCUGUCUUCAAGGAGAUAGAUGUAAAUUUUCGAAACACCAUCACGGCCAGAGAAUCCCAGAAGCAAUUCAAGAGUCUCAUGGGUCUUUGGAUCAAAUAA